AUGAAAUGGUUUUGGGUCGUUAUAUCUACAUUCCAAUGCGUUCCUAACUUCAUUCAGGUUUGAACAGUGAUAGUGAUUCAAAUUCAGUUUAACUCUCAAAGGGUCAAGGUUGAUUCUCAAUUUCAGUAUUUUGCUAUGGGUUUGUCAUAAAAACCUUUUCCAUUUUCUCAACUCCUCAAAAUCCAUGAAAUUUGGUAUAACAUUGAUUAGAAAAAAGGCGAGUUUUUGGUAUGUCAAGUAAAGAGUUAGAAAUGAAGAGAAAGUCUUAACAAAAUCACCGUUUCGUGUCUGUUUAAUAUUUGCUUCAAAACAUUUACAAAUUCCCACUAUGGAGAGAAUAUUCCUCAAAGUUAAUUAAUUUGUUCAUCGCUAAAAUUAUCACAAUUCAGUUGAAUAUUCUUUCUUUAACCGUUAGAUUUGUCGGUCAGAAAGUUUCUCUUUUUAUUCAAAGUCCUCAUUCGAAAGGUGUUUCCAGAGGAACGAUGUAAAAGUUUUUGUGAAAAGCCUCCUUCGUGUGUUUUCCAACUGCCAACACAGACCAACUGCAAUAAAUUGCUGUUUUUCUUUCUUAAUUCAGUGCACAACGGCUCCAAUAACUCAAACCCUAAAUGGAGGUAAGAAGCUGUUAACGUAAAUAAAACCAUCCUCACCGUUACAAUUUACACCAUUUCGAAACAUUGGUCAGAGUUACAGGGAAAGAGAUUUUGAACGGUAAAAAUCUUACCAUUUUGUAAAUUCACGAUUGUCACUCCUAAACCUCAUUCACUUCAUUUCAUUUAAACAAUGUUUAACAUAACAAUAGACUCAGUCUCAUUUCAGUCCGAACCGCAAGACGAGGGUUAAAAUGAGCUCUCGUAAAGUCCCAAAACAUAUUUAUGCCCGUUUAUACAUGAACUAUCUUAUCGUUUUCGCUUUAGAGGACAUUGAGAAAAUAAAAAUGAAAAAAUUGCAUCGAAACAGCCUUAACAAUCACACGAGCGUCUACAAGUUUUGAAACGGCUUUUAUUUUCCUUCAAUGAAAAUACACCAACAAGCGAAGCUGGUGAGAAAUUACAAAAUCUCGCCAUUUGAGUUUUCAAAACCGCUUAAAGGAAUAUUCGAUAAAGCUGUUAAAAUUAACUGCACAAUUGCUGAUUGAACUGAGUGCGCUCGGCUUGAAGCUGCAAAACUUACGUGCACUUUGCCACUGGCCACAGAACUUCUACGAGUUUUAAAGGCAGAAAUGGACGACUAAGAAUGCCCGAAGCGUGUUUCUGUGCGGCUGAGAAAUCGUUUAUGUAGCCGAUAUCAAGUUUUAUUCGCUGUUAUGCUUCGCAAUGGCGCAAAUUUGCUUUAAUUUCUUUCAUCAACGCUGCAAGAAAACGGCGUUAACAUAGCGAUGGCUUCUCGAUUUUAAUUGGCUCUUUUUAUUGUACGGUUGUUUGAUUCUUACUUUUCAUUGAUUUAUUUCAGCGGGCUAAAAUACAUUUUGCCCCGCAAAAUUCUCCAUUUAAGCCUGCUGAAUGCCCCAAAAUGCCCUAGAAAGUGAUAAUAAUUAUAGUUGCAAUGGGAAAAAAAUAUCAUGACAAAUAUUCUGUCAACUAUUUUUCCAUCAUCGUACAUAAUUCGGCAGAUAAAAUUGACCUAUGCUAAUGUGUUUUGGUUUUCAGGAAGUUCAACGCCACCGCCAGUGACAAAGUCACCAGCAACAACUCUGGCGUAUACCGGUGAGACAAACAUGAAUGAAAUACUGAUAGAAACUAACAAGCACUGAGUUCAUCGUUGUUUGGCUAGUGAGUUUUGUCAUCGAUACAACGCGCUCUUUGAUUGGGAACUUGCCGGGGUGUCAUUCAGUCGGAUUUCGACGGAUUUUUGUUAUUAUCAUCACCAUUGCCUUCGCCAUCACGAUCAUUAUCAUUUCAUUACCAUUAUCAACUUUCAUAUCACUGUCAGAGUCGUCAAAGUCAUUAACAUUGUUGUCAGUUAUCACUGAUCAGCAUUAUCAUAAUCACGUUUAUAAUCACUGUAUAUAUCAUUUUCAUUAUUGUUAUUUCCGUUUCCGUUUCCGUUAUCGUUACCAUUAUCGUUCACGUCAUCGUUACCAUCAUCGCUCUCGUGAUCGUUGCCGUUGUCGUUAUCGUUUCAGUUCCGUUUCCGUUGCCGUUGUUACUAUCAUCAUCUUCAUCAUCAUUAUCAUCAUCAUCUUCAUCAUUAUCAUCAUCAUCAUCAUUGUCAUCAUCAUCAUUAUCAUCAUCAUCAUUAUCAUCAUCAUCAUUAUCAUCAUCAUCAUUAUCACUGAUUAUCAUCAUCAUCGUCGUCGUUAUCAUUAUCAUCGUUAUCAGUAUUAUUGUCGUUAUCAUUACCUUUAUUGUUGUCAUUACUUUUAUCUUUAUCACUGUCCUUUAACAAAAUAAUAGAUAGUUCCAAAAGCUUCCAGGUAAGAUCCUGGAAUCUUGGACAGCCUAGUUAACCAGGCUCACGCGAAGGUUUUACUGUUUCAGUCACAAGUUACACUAGUCACAUAAGUCACACAACAUAUUCGGUCUUCAAAUGUGACCCUCAAACACUUAGUAAAGAGGGUUCAUUUCAUUCCCCUAACUUCCCGGAUAAAUAUCCUGCAAGAGCCAAUUGUCAAUGGACAAUCCAGAUUCCGGAAAACUUGUCAGAGAAAUACCACUUCAUCAAGCUGCAGUUUCAAGCGUUUAGGGUGGAGUACCAUACGUCUUGUGGUUUCGACAGUGUUAAAGUCUAUGACAACGCAGGGUCUAAUAAGACACUGUUGGGAUCGUUCUGUGGCGUUGACAUUCCUCCACCGUUGCAAUCCACCACUUCCAAAAUGACUGUCAUAUUUACCAGUGAUGACGUCAUGCAAUUUGUAGGCUUCAAUGUAACUGUUGAGUUUACGAACACCAAGGGUAAGUACGUUGUAUUUUCAUGUGAUCAUUUCAGUUUUACUUUCUCAUCCAAAAUAUAGGAAUUUCGUUGAGAAAAAUUUCCUUGUAGAGGUCAUAUGUUUAGGAAAAAGAAUGUGAAGGACUCGGCCGAGUUGUCUGCUUUUGGAGAAAAAUAGGCCUGUAAAGCGUGAAAGUGUGGGUAACACUUCCUACAAAUUGAAAACUUAACAGAUGAUUUUUAAAAACCUGUGAGACAACUUUCUCGGAAAAAAUCACUAACAAAGUAAUACAGAUAAAGCACUUCAAUUUCUGAGGCUGUGAUUUUUUUGAACAAUUUUAACGCCAGUAAUUGGACGGCAGAACUGUUGUAUAAGAGGAUAAGUAGUACUUUCUUCAGGAUAUUUAUCAGAAUCUAUCUAUAGCAUUGUACAGUAUCAAUUCCUACCUGAUUUCCGCCUUUGUUGA